AUGCUCCGGCCAUGGCCCACUGGCGUAGUCCGCCUUCUCGGCCGGAUCAAUCGUCCAUGCCUCGUUCGCCCGCCAAUUGCAUCGUUUUCCACCGUCGCGCAUCACAAGCUCCCGGCCGCACCGACAGACCGCGUCCCUCUCCGCAAACAACUCAAGCAGGAGGCCAAAGUCCUCAGGGCUAAAAAGAAGCAGCGCAAAGAAAGCGAGGAAAGCUCUCGGCAGGAUUGGGAAUUGACGGUGGGCGUGGAGAUCCACGCCCACUUAGAUACACGCGCAAAACUGUUCUCCCGGGCCGCAACUUCGACAAGUGAUGCUCCGAAUUCCAAUGUCGCCUUAUUUGAUCUGGCCUUUCCGGGCAGCCAACCGGAAUUCCAAGCAGCCACCCUCCUCCCAGCCCUCCGCGCCGCCAUUGCUUUGAAGUGUCAGAUCCAGCCAGUUAGCCGAUUCGAUCGGAAGCACUAUUUCUACCAAGACCAACCGGCCGGGUACCAAAUUACACAAUAUUAUGAGCCGUUCGCCCGGAAUGGCCACGUUGAUCUCUUUGACUAUGAUGGCAUUGCCCCGGAGGAUGGAACCCGAGUUCGUGUGGAUAUUAAACAGGUCCAGCUGGAACAAGAUACGGCCAAGUCCCAGGAGUAUCCGCCGUCGACGCAGCUGCUGGAUUUCAAUCGCGUCUCCCACCCGCUCAUCGAGGUCAUCACAAUGCCGCAGAUCCACACACCUGCGACUGCUGCCGCUUGUGUCCGGAAACUACAGGCGAUACUACAAGCAUGUGGUGCUGUGACGACGGGGAUGGAGCUUGGUGGUCUACGGGCCGAUGUCAAUGUCUCCAUUCGACGGCGGGGUGAGGCGCCGGGGCAAUGUCAGUAUGAUGGAAUUAGUGGACUGGGCCAGCGCACCGAAAUCAAGAACCUAAGUAGUUUCAAGGCUGUCGAGGACGCGAUUAUCGCAGAGAAGAACCGGCAAAUCGCGGUUCUGGAAAAGACUCGCAAACUACGAGGCAAAGAAGGUGCCGUCGACUACCGCUAUAUGCCCGACCCUGACAUCCCGCCACUGAUCAUUGGGGAGGACCUGAUUACCCACCUUGAGGAGACCCUCCCUACAUCCCCCGACUCGCUGGUGGUACAGCUGAUCGGACCCGAGUACGGGCUCCCGAUCGAGGAUGCAAAGCCCCUGAUCGAGCUCGACGAUGGCGCCCGCUUGGAGUAUUAUCAAGACGUGGUCGAUUUUCUCUGCUCGGCCCAUGCCGAUCGGGCCCCAAAUUCGUCAACACGGGCGGCUCUCGCGCGGCUGGCGGACCGAGCGUGGGACGCGGAGAUUGUGCCGGCACAGUCUCUGGCCGACCUCAUCGACCAUCUGUACCGGAAGCUCAUCACCGGCCCCACGGCCAAGCAGGUCCUAGCGGCGGUCUUUGAUGGCGAUCGUCGGCCAGUGCCUCGACUACUGGAAGAAGACAAUCUUCUGCUCCGCCCCUUGUCGCGAGAGGAGUACCUGGCUCUGGCGGAAGCGGCGGUUGCACUGAACCCGCAGAUGGUUGAGCAGAUCCGCAGCAAGAAUCAGCUGGGGAAGCUGGGCUGGUUCGUUGGGCAGAUGAUGCGGACGGGGGAGAAGGGCCGAGUGGAGGCCCCCAAGGCCGAGGAGAUGCUUCGUGAACUUAUUCUGGGCAAACCUUAG